AUGGACGACUCUGCGAUCAUGGCCGAGUCUUCGUUCAUGGACGGGCAUUCGUUCAUGGACGGCUCUGCGAUCAUGGACGAGCUUGCGAUCAUAAACGACCAUGCGAUCAUGGACGACCCUAUGAUUAUCGAAGACCCUGCGAUUAUCGACAACCCUGCGUUCAUGGACGAGCCUUCGUUCAUCGCGCAAGAGAUGGAGGCGAGAUAUAAGUACGAAAAGGGCAAAAGCAACGAAGCCGAAGAACACAACUACACCACAACCAAGGAGACGUUCGUGCGAGAAGUCGCAACAUACUUCAAAGGCAAGCCUGAUGUCAUCUAUGGUAUCAAAAUUGCCAGCAAUCAGCAUCGUGACCCCUUCGCACUCGUCGACGAAAAAAGCAGCGCGUCCAACAGAGGAAGAGCUCGCGCAGAAAGCUCUAUUCCAGACACCAGCGUAGCCACUGCCAGCGACGCCAGAUGCACCGCAGAAAACACAUUCCGCGAAGCCCUUACCCAAACCCCUCCUGUGGACAACGAUGGCCAGAUCAGUUACCCCCCAUCAGCCUACUGCUGCAUAGUCUCCAUCAUGAACCCAAACAACAUCGACAUGAACGCAAUCGGUAUCUUAUACGAGUUCCGCAACUACUUCUUCGUCGUCGUCCCGACGCCACCCGCAAACAACCAAGAGGUUCUUAUGCCGCGCUACGGGUUCAUGCCAGAGUGGGCUGUAGGUCGCUAUCUCAAGGUAGAGUGGGAGAUGUUGAAGAAAUACAAGGUCGUGCUUGGAACUGUUGGGAUUGGCGCAUGCGGUGCUGAUGCAGGGAAGAAGGAAUGGAAUGUCCACAGUGCGAAAAUACAGCUUAAGCGGGCUGCGUGUCUUGAGAUGGCAAAAGAGCUGGCAGUAUGGUUGGCAGAGAAGGAGGAGCGCGAUCUGAGCCCGGCGAAGGACAAUGUGGUUAGACGCAGUCUGGAGCGUGCACUCUUUCAGAAGAUGUGCAGGCUAGAUGCGGAGUGGGUAUGGAAGGAGCAGAAUAUGUUGGUGGAUGCUGAGAACUUUAUGCAGGAUUUCAUGGUGUAUGAAGAGUGA